AUGGCGAUUAGAUUUCAUGAUCAAAAUAAAGAUUGCACAUUGUUUCUUUGCGAUAUCAGUGAACAUGUAACAGAAGAAAUACUUACAGAGCUUUUUAUGCAAGUUGGUCCGGUUGUUUUCGUAAAUAUUCCUCGAGAUCGGAUUACAAAUCGAAUGAACGGUUAUGCAUUCGUAGAAUUUCGCACAGAACAAGAUUGCAUGUAUGCUCUUUCAGUGAUGCAAGGUGUUAAACUCUUUGGAGUCCCAUUAAAACUUUCUGCAAAUUCUACUCCAUCAACGGGUGAUGAACUUGACGUUGGCGCCAAGCUAUACAUUGGAAACCUUUCACAAGAUGUCAAUGAUGGUAAUCUUUUACAGACAUUUAGACAAUUUGGAAAUGUUCUUCACGCCAGAGUUGUUGUUGAUCCUGCGACUGGUAAGAGCCUUGGACAUGGGUUUGUUGCAUACGAUAGCUUUGAUGCUGCCGAUAAAGCAAAAAAGGCAAUGAAUGGAGAAUACUUUGGAGGACAGCCUAUUACUGUUUCCUAUGCAUACAAGAGUGGAACUAAGAGCGGCGAGAAACACGGUGAUAGAUCUGAAAGAUCAGUCGCUCCAAACGCACAAAUUGCAACUCAAUUGAAGAAAAUCAAGCGUGCCGUUAAUGCCAUACCAGAUGUUGGUGUAUAG